CCGGGACGGAGCACGCUGUCUCAGGGAGCCCGCUCCCGCGCCUUCUCCUCAGCUGGUCCCGAACGAAACCUGGACCCCUGAGGGAGACGUGCUUCCACUGAGACACUCCCUGAAUGUCUGCGAGAGGGAAUGUGCAGCCACACCAGGGCGAGGCAUCGUCUGCCUGCAUCCAGCAAAGCUGUUGCCUCCACUCAUCCCUCUGCCUCCCACCUCUCACUGCUCUUAGAGGCCCAUAUCCACCCCGUGCCCCAGGCCUCUUGCAGGAUUCUAGUGUGAGCAUGGUCUGGGAACCUUGCGUAGUAAACUGAAGUUUACAAAACUCUACGAUAAUCUGCUGAGAUGGGUUGUGGAUUGAACAAGUUAGAGAAACGUGAUGACAAACGGCCUGGAAAUAUCUAUUCGACUUUGAAAAGGCCUCAGGUGGAAACGAAGAUCGACGUGUCCUAUGAGUACCGCUUCCUGGAGUUCACCACGCUGAGCGCCGCGGAGCUCCCGCACUCCUCGGCGGUGAGGCUGUCCUCCCUGCGUGACCUGCCCGCCCAGCUCCUGGAGCUGUACCAGCAGGGCUUCUCGCUGGUGGCCCUGCACCCUUUCGUGCAGCCAAUCCACGAGCAGGAGAAGACACCCCUCCAGCACAUCUUCAGGGCCAUUCUGAUCAAGAAAACCGACAGGUCUCAGAAAACUGAUCUUCACAAUGAAGGCUACAUCUUGGAAUUAGAUUGCUGUUCCUCUUUGGACCACCUGACAGACCAAAAAAUCAUCCCAGAGUUUGUUAAGAAGAUCCAGGAGGCGGCGAGUCGGGGCCUGAAAUUCGUCGGUGUCAUACCUCAGUACCACAGCCCUACAGGGAGCAGCCCCCCGGGGGACGCCAGAGAUGUGAAAAAGGAGCCGGGCGGAUGUGGGGAGAAGGAGAGCCUGGGGGCUGCGGACGUGUGCAGUGCUCCAGCAGGGAUGGACAGAAGCCCAGAGCCCAGCCAGGGCCCAGGAGGGGAGGCACCCGUCGCCAAGCAACCCAGCUUGCCCGCGGGAGAGGGAGAUGGCGCAGGAUUUUCACCAAGCGGGGUGAGCAAGACUCUGGACAGACAGAAUGGUGACCCCUCAGAAGUGCAUGAAGAGCCACUCUCGGAAAAAAUGGAGAUCUUCACCCUUUUCAACAAACCGAAGAGCCAUCAGAAGUGCCGGCAGUACUAUCCUGUCACCAUCCCUCUCCGGGUCUCCAAGAACGGCCAGACCGUGAGUGGGUUGGACGCCAACUGGUUGGAGCACAUGAGCGACCACUUCCGGAAAGGAGGCACACUGGUGAACGCGGUCUUCUACCUUGGCAUGGUCAACGAUUCCUUACACGGCCUGACAGAUGGAGUAUUCAUCUUUGAAGCUGUUUCCACAGAAGAUAGCAAAACCAUGCAGGGCUAUGAUGCUAUUGUUGUCGAACAAUGGACAGUCCUGGAAGGCGUCGAGGUGCAGACAGACUAUGUGCCCCUGCUGAACUCACUGGCGGCCUAUGGCUGGCAGCUCACCUGUGUGCUACCAACUCCUGUCAUCAAGACGACCAGGGAGGGGAAUGUAUCCACCAAGCAGAUUGUCUUUCUUCAGAGACCAUGUCUACCUCAGAAAAUCAAGAAGAAGGAAUCAAAGUUCCAGUGGCGCUUCUCCCGCGAAGACGCGCACACCAGGCAGAUGAGGAAAUCCAGAGGUCAGCUCAGCGCCCGAGACAAGCGACAAGCAGAAGAGAACGAGAAGAAUUUAGAAGACCAGUUGUCCAAAGCUGGAGACGUGGGAAACUGCGUGCCGGGCCUGCAGCAGGACGGGGCCUCCGAGGAGAUGAAGGUCCCCAUCCAAGGGGUCACGGGAGAGAAGCUGCAUCCUGACAGCCAGCUCUGUGCAGAGGGCGAGGCCGUGCAGAAUGGUCCUGCCGGCCACUGCAGGGCCGUGGCGGGGGGCUGCGUUGGGCACUCCAGUCCCGAUCCUGGGGAGGAUGCCAGGGAGGGAGGUGCUGAGGAGGCGGCUGCAGAGCCCGCUACAGCAGAAGACAACUGAGUCUCGGGCAGUUGGCGCUGAAGCCUGACGAGGUGGCAAACCCGAGGCACCAUGCCGGCCUCUGGGUUAAGGGCUGGUUUGCCCUGGUCUUGUGUGUUACCCUAUGGCUUGGCUUGACCUCUCCUUAUGAGGUCACCUGGGCCCUCCGAGGGCCGGGUCCCUGACAGUGUUGGUUUCUGCACAUCCAUUCGAAAUGUGUCGUAUGCCCCAGUGUUGGAACGCAAGAGGUCAGGCUAUUUCUUCUAGACUUCAGGGCUGGAGGCCCAGCCCUGGCUCUGCCACUCCUCCCAUGGAAGGGUCUGGACUGUCCAGUGCCUGUGCUGGCCCCGCAGGGCCUUCAGGGAGCAUUGGGGUCACAUCCAUGGGCCUCCCUAGCUGCAAACCAAGGCUGUUGCCUGUUCAUCCCCACACUCGGCUGCUUUCCGCAGCUACUUGGUGAUUGUAAUGCCCCCUGGAGCCCCGGCAGCUGCCCUUCCCCACCUAAACCCCUCAGACCCGGCUGCUUUUGCAAAGAAAAUGACGUUGGGGAGGGGAGGCGCCCCCUCCUGGCUUUUCUGAAAGUAUUCCCAUAGAGACUGGUCAUCUGGAAAUGAAGAGGUAAUUCUGUUUGUGCACCCGCUCUUGCAGAAUGUCCAAGAAGGUAUUCCGUGUUAGUAUUAAUGCCAAAAAUUUUUUUUAAAAAUUUUGUACUCAGCACAUCAUAUGAACACACGUUCUUUCUGUCAUUUCAGGGCAGCCCGACUGGUUGGGAGCCCAUUCUGUGCUAUUUUCACUAGUGUAUCAUUGGCCAGGUUGUUUCCCAUGUCUGCUGUCACGUGCUUAUGUUGUCUGGAGAGUAUUGUGAAGGCUUUAAGUAGAUGCCACGGGCUAACCUUGGAGAGAGAAUGCCGAGUCUCUUCUCUUGACCGAAACGAGCCUGUCUCUUCUCUUUCUUGUUUAGUUACUUAAAGCAAUAAAUUGUCGAUGAGUUCA